AUGAAGUUAAUAUUAGUUUUGGUUAUUUGUUUUGGUACGGUUCUAGCCAAAGAAUAUCAUCAUCAUCACGAAGAACCUUGUCCAGACUGUGAUAGUUGUUCAGAACCUCAUUAUGUGCCAGGGAAAAAGUGUCCAGAAUGUGUUAAAAAACCAUGUAACGAAGUUUAUUGUGAGUCUUGUUACGAAAGGAAGUUAGAUCAUUGUGGAUGUCCCAAAUGUGUGCCUAAAAAAUGUCCCGAAUGUGGACCUUGCGAAAAGAAAUCCCACGAGCUUGAUAAAUGUCAUUGUCAUAAAUGUAUUCCUAAAGAUUGUCCUGUUUGCGGACCAUGCGAAGUUCACAACGGCUGCUUAGAUAAGUGUGACUGUCCAAUAUUUGAGCCAAUAGUUUGUGAAUGUUGUGGACCUUGUAAACAAGAGACAGGCUGGUUUGAUAAUUGUGGCUGUCCUAUUUGUGAGUCCAUUCCAUGCCCUUCUUGUGACCCAUGUGAAGUCCCAAGUGGCUGUAUAGAUGACUGUGGUUGCGAGAUAUAUCGUCAAAAGGAAUGUCCCACUUGUGAGCCUUGCUUUACAAAGACAGGCUGUGUAGAUGGUUGUGGCUGCCCCAUAUUCUAUCCAACAGAAUGUCCUCCUUGCGGGCCUUGUGAUGUUGCUACAAAUUGCACCGAUGAAUGUGGUUGUAUUAUCUAUGAACCAAAGGAAUGUUGUCCACCUGACUGCUGCGAAGUGGAGACUGGAUGUUACGAUGAAUGUGGUUGUAUUAUCUAUGAACCAAAGGAAUGUUGUCCACCUGACUGCUGCGAAGUGGAGACUGGAUGUUACGAUGAAUGUGGAUGCCCCAUUUAUGAACCUUUGGAAUGUCCCUGUUUUGGACCAUGUGAUAUCGAUAGCGGAUGUGUGGACAAAUGCGGAUGCAUAAUCUUUGAACCAAAGCCAUGUCCUACUUGCGGUUUUUGUGAAGAACCUACAGACUGUAUUGACGAAUGUGGUUGUACCAUAUAUCAUCACAAACCAUGUCCUAUUGGUGGCUGUUGCGAAGUAGCAACAGAUUGCACUGAUGAAUGUGGAUGUACAAUAUACAAACAUAAAGAAUGUCCACUGUGCGGACCUUGUGAUGAAGAAACCGGUUGUAUUGAUGAAUGCGGCUGUUCUUUAUUCGAACUAAAACCGUGCCCUCCGUGCAACAUAUGUGAAAUAGAUACUGGAUGUUUUGACGAAUGUGGCUGCCCAAUAUACGUACCCAAGGAUUGUCCUCCAUGUGAACCCUGUCAGCAAAAAUCAGGUAGCUAUGACAAAUGUGGUUGCCCCAUAUACGAACCCAUCGAGUGUCCUUCUUGCAAUGAAUGUGAGGAACCCACUGGAUGUUAUGAUGAGUGCGGAUGCCCAAUAUUUGUAUACAAAGAAUGUCCUUGUGCUGGACCUUGUGAUGUCGACUCAGGUAAAUUAGAUGAGUGUGGAUGUAUCAUAUGGGAGCAUAUCACAUGUCCAAGUUGUGGGCUUUGCGAAAUACCAACAGAUUGUGUAGAUGCAUGUGACUGCACUAUUUACGAACCAAAACCCUGUCCCGAAUGUGGACACUGUGAAGUUUCUAACCAUACCUAUGAUAUAUGCGGAUGCGAAGUAUUUAGGCAUAAGGACUGUCCUUUAUUGAAAUGUGCAGAAGGACAAAUACUUAAAGUAUGUCCAGGAGAAUGCUGUCCUAAGUGUAGGCCCCACAAUUAUAAAUGUAAAUAA